AUGGCCGAAAGAGUAGAUCUCACACGCAAGCCACACCACGAUAUGGAGAGCUGCCAGGAAAAGCCGCGGCUUACCAUUCGACAGCUUAGGGAAGCUGCUCAGAAGGAGACUCUGGCAAAAGAGUCAGCCAGAGCGGGCAAGAAAUCACCAGAGAACCAACCCAAAGGAGCCGCUUCUGGCGUGGUACCACAGAAGAAGAAGGCGUCGAUCUUUGGAGGGCUGUUUCAGGUUCGGGAGCCGACGUCGGUCGCCCUGAACCAAGUCGCCGCUCAGAUGAUUGCCCAGCAUGGGUCAACGAGCGCCACUAAAGUUCCCAACGUGAGACUGGAGAAGAUGCCAGACUAUGUGCCGAAGGUAAACUCCAAGUGGGAUGGUAUACCGGAGAGCGUCAAGCAAAGAGAAAAGAAAGAGAAAGAAAGAGAGAAGCAGAACGCUAAGGCUGAGUCAUUCUUCAGCGCAGACUCUAAGACUGGCGGUUAUUCUGAAAGGCGACGCAGGAGUAGUCGGAACUCCAGCUCGACGACUGGUUCUUCCCUCGGGGCGUUUCCCAACUCCAGUGACUCGCAAAGCGGAUCUUCUCGCACUCGACUCUAUGCCCAAUCAGUUAACUCGUCUGGCGACUUGGUAUCACAACAGAGAGCAGAUGCGUCAGUCUUUUCCCGUUCCCCUACAUCCCAGCCAGCUGGUAAGAGCAUUCCCGAAGAGUCGUUCCAGACGGGACUCUCGCAGAGCUCAGGCGUAGGGCAGCACUUUGGACCUCGCAACGAUGUCGGGCUGGAUACUCCGAAGCCACCCGCAGCGAAUCAAUUGCAGAGUGUUCGGCCGAGGUCGACAAAGUCAUGGGGUAGUGACACGAGCGGGCCACCGAGGCCGUCAAUUCUGAAUAAAACUCUCGAAGAUCAACGAUAUUCUAAGGAUAGGACGCUCGCUUGGGAGUCAAUUGACUGGGCAAAAGCUGCAAGAUCCUACGCUGCCCCUCCUAGCCAAUCUAUUUCACAGCAGCCAGCAUCGCUGGCAAGUUCUCAAGGUCGAUAUUUGGUCACCACUUCGCGACACCAGGCACGUGGAGUGGGGACAGGUACGAACGAGCUCAGCCUUCAUGCGAUGUUAUCAGAGGGUCCUGACGAGGCCGGGUUGUCGGUUGCAAGGAAGAAGGAUUCGCAGACGCGAAUCACUGAUUCCGAUGCCUUCUUAGCCGGAGAAGCCCGGGAGCUGUUUUUGGUGGAAGAAAGCAGUGGCUAUCACAAGACUGGUACGUUCCCAGCGGAUCGAGCUUGCACCCCGGGGGCGGUGGACGGUGGACGAAAUCGAAUACAGCAAGAUUUGCAGCAACGCCCCGACAGUUCUCGGGAACGACUUGGGCUGCGAGCAAGCAUGCUUUUCGCAGACGAGGUUACGCCUUGGGAGAUGAAAGAGCCGGCAAAACUACCAUCACCCAGUCUGAAGCCCGAACAACGAGGACCGAACACAUCCCAAAGAUUUCAAAAGUCUUUCGGCAAGCUCGGCAAGUAG